UGGCGGUAUGCACCUUUUAAAGUCAUGGUUGUAACCCGCCAUUAAACUAAAAGAAGAAGAAGAAGGCAGUAUAGUAGCGUUAAUUCCUUCGUUUUUACGAUUUCACCCUUGUCUGUAGUAUAGAAGCCAAGUUAUUAUGUUUUCAUGUCAGGAAAAACUCGUCUCAGUGAAGUUCGAAACUUCUUAGGCUAGGUUACAUCAGCGUGAGAGUCUGCUAUCUGUUAGCGACAUAUACUGCGCAUGCGUCCGUCGCCAUUUCAGACUACUAUUUUAAGACGAAAGGAUUUUAAAAAGUUAGCAAUACAACCUGAUUGCUGGUGUGCAUUUGUUCUCUUGUCGCUACGCGUUAUGCGUAAGAAAUGCGAGUUACUGUUUUGACACACUCGUCUCAGUAAAUUUCGAAGCUUCUCAGGUUAGUUUAGCUAGCUAGCCGCUAACAAAGAGACGCCGACGUUAUCAAUACAUUGCUGAUCUGUGAUCAAGUGUAAAGUGUUGUGAUUGCGUGAGCAUGUGCGAAAGAACGACAGCAGGGUACGAGGAGGAACUUUCUCGAACAAAAGAGGGGAACGAGCGACGACUUCGACUACUGGACGCUGUUAAGAAGCAUCGAGUUGUGUUGCACAGACCAGUCAAAGGAGAAGAUCCUUCCCCUGGGCAGCAGGAGUGGAGCCCCAGAAUGGAGCCCCCCCACGUUAAGAAGGAAGAGGAGGAACACAGCAUCAGCCAAGAGGGAGAGCAUCUUGAAGGACUGGAGGGGUUCCCAGUGAUUUGUGUCACUGUGAAGCGUGAAGAUGAUGAAGACAAAGGUGAAAGUGAGGAGAAGAGAGAGGUGGAGCCUCCAAGCAGCAGCUCAACUCAACACAUGACAACAGAAGCUGAUGGAGACCACUGUGGAGGAUCACAAGCAGACAACCUCUUAGCUCCACUAUCCGAUAGUGACGACACAACGUCACACUCACCUGACACUGAUGAUGAAUACUCUAAAGCUGAUAAGACAUGUCACACUGACAAAAAACGCUUUAAAUGUUCUCUAUGUGACAAAACGUUUAACGACCGUAGUAAUCUCAAUAGACACAAGAAAAAUCAUUCCGGAGAAAAACCAUACAUGUGCUUCUUUUGUGGGAAAAGAUUCUCUCAGAAGCUAUCAUUGACAGAACACACAAGAAUACACACUGGAGAGAAACCGUUUACCUGUUCAGUGUGUGGUAAAGGUUUUUCACGAAAUCAGUGUUUGAAAAUACACAUGCGAAGACACACUGGAGAAAAACCUUUUACCUGUUCAGUUUGUGGCAAAGGUUUUGUGCGAAGUCUGUGUUUGAAAAUACACAUGAGAACACACACUGGGGAAAAACCUUUUACCUGUUCAAUCUGUGGUAUCAGUUACGUACUAAAUCAUUGUUUGAAAAGACACAUGAGAAGCCACACUGGGGAAAAACCUUUCAUGUGUUCAAUCUGCGGCGUAAGUUAUGUGCGCAAUCAAUGUUUGAAAAGACACAUGAGAACACACACACUGAGUGAAAACUUUAUUCCUGCUCAAUCCGCAACAAAAGCUGUUCUGACUGAAAGUUUGUAACACACAUGAAAAGACACACUGCUGAUAAAGUGUUGAGUUGCAGUGUGUGUGGUGAAAGAUUCUCUUAUAAGUACCAGCUUAACAAUCACAAGUGUGCUGGUGAGAACAGCAGCAGUAAAUGCAGUACUUCAAAUAACCCGUCGAGACCUGUCCGCCCCGGACAGGGAGUCAUCCCUUCGCCUCAUGGCUUCUCUCAGAAAGUUCUGACGCCUCUUGUUUCCAAGUAUACAUAUACUAUUCCUGCCCUCCUCAGCUCAAGAAAGACUGGUUUUGAGAUCACCAUUUGGCGUGGGUUCUUAUGGCAACAGUGCGUUGCCACGUUCUGGUUCUUCCUCGUCCGCGUGGGAUUUUCUGCUCUAAAUACCUCUCAAUAUCCAAGGGUGUUAUGGUUGCCUGGAUUGUGUGGCUGUCUGUAAUACUUUAGACUUGACCAUUUACAUUUGUAUCAUAAGAUAUAAUAGUUAGCAUGCAGAAAUAUGGUGGGAAAAAUCUAUAUAUUGAUUUUAUCGUGUACACCUGCGUUCUCGCAAGUGUGUGUAGUUGGCAUGCAAACAUACCAUAUGUUCAACGUCACCACAUAUAGCGUGUGACAUCAUUGUGUGUUUAACACCAUCUUGUUAAUAAUAUACUCCUACCAUUGAAAUCUAAUAAAAAUAGGAGGAAAAAAACCUCUGAUAGUAUGUCGUUCAUAUUUAGUUUGCCAAAUUGCAAACUUGAGCCAAGGAGAGGCUGAAAACCCGCUCUGUUAGCCUCUAACCUGGUUAGCAAGCCAGUUAGCUAGGGUUGAGCAUCUUUUUCCUCUCAGCUAGUGUGUUUCUGCGCUCUUUUUUCCGCUCUCCUCUGUCUGCCUACCACAGCUUUUAGUUUACGCUGAAUGGCUACUGUCCAUUGUUGUUUUGUGUUGACUGAUUCUUUUCACCACACUCUCGAGAGGUCAAGGGUUUAAUGACACUCGGGCUUGUUAGCUACUAACAAAGAGACGCGGACAUUAUUAACGACACCACAUCCCAUAGCAGGGAUCAAGUGUGAUUGUGUGAAAAUGUGUAAAGUCCAAAUGCUGAGAGCGUUGGUGAACCAGCGACUAACUGCGGCUGUUGAAGAAAUAUUUGUAGUGUUUGAAAGAACGAUAGCAGAGUACGAGGAGAAACUUUCUCGAACUAAAGAGGAGAAUGAGCGCCAACGUGAACUACUGGACGCUGUUUUCAGGAAGCAUCAAGUUGUGCUACACAGAGCAGGUUUGUUUCAUUCUUUGUUAUCCCUGCGAGCAGUAGACAUCUGGUGGUUACUUCGGGUGGUUGAGGUCCUAGGCCUGAUACAACAACAGUCUCUGGAGGUGUCUCAACGCCGGGCUGGUGUGGAAGCAGUGUGUCCUCGGGUACUCUGAAAUCCAUGUUAUUCAAGCUUGGCGUCACUGGUUUAGUUAUGUUAAACUCCAAGGUUCAGGUGUUUGGCAUUCCUUAUCACCUGGUUCUAUCUUCAGUAUUGACC